GUGACCCACUGUUUGUUAAGCAAUACAAACAGAGAGAACUGCUGUGGAAGAUUGUCAAUUUCGAGGAACUUUUGAGAAAACUCUCCAAGAGAUGUGCAACAGAGGAAAAGAAAUAGUCUACUCACCGUGCCCUCAGCAGCCAUCUUGAACAUGAGCCUACAAAAAGUUAUGGUCAGAGGUUCGAAGAAAACGAAACAGUUGGAGAUUUUUGACAGAAUUUUAUGUAAGACAUGGCAGGUGGUGGAGAAGAUCAAAGAAGAUACCCUCGCAACUUAGAGGGAGUGCUGCAGUUUGCUCUUAAUCAUUCAGAUGAUCCCACGAAUUCAUCUUCCAGUGCAUUCCAGGAAAUGAGUGAGGAGAGGAGAGAAUGGCUCCACGAAGCAAUAGCAUCUAUAGUUGAGGACACAGACAUCAAAAGAAUGUUGAAAUAUUUGCAAAUCUUGGAAAAACCUCAUGAUACAAAUAAUGCUGAUGAUGACCUUGCUGAGAAAGAAGAUGCAUUUGAAGAGUUGUCCAUGAUUGUUGAAAAUUUAGAUAAUGCAAAUGAUUUUCACAAGAUUGGAGGCUUUAAGGUUAUGAUGAAAUGUCUCUCAGGGGAACACAGCUCUUUAAGAUGGAGAGCAGCCGAUAUUAUAGCAGUGUGUGUCCAGAAUAAUCCAUACUGUCAAAAGGCAGCAAUGGAAAUGAACAUCCUCCCAACACUUACUUCUUUGCUUGAAACUGACCAGUUGGAUCAAGUGAGAAUCAAAGCUUUGUAUGCAAUAUCGUGUUUAACGAGAGAUUUCCCUGAAGCAGAGGAGGCAUUUUUAAAAGAGGAUGGAUUUUCAAUGUUACUACGAGCAAUGCAAGCAGAAAAUGAGAAACUGAUAACCAAGUCUGCUUUCAUGAUAAGGAAUAUGCUGGUAACAAAUCCUACUCAUAAAGAAACUUUUUUCAAGAUGGGCUUUACUGAGUUGCUUGCUGGUUUAUUACGGGGUCCUCAGAAUUCUGCUCGUGUACACGUAAUAAAUCUGUUCAAGAAUUUUGUGAUGAACUAUCCACCAGCCAUAAAUGAGUGCCAAAGAACUGAAUUUGAUUUGGAGAGACUUCUGUCGUCUAUUAGUAAAUCCAGUAUGGAAGAUGAUCCAGUUGCACAUGAGGAUAUGAUCCUUGAUUGCAAGGAAUUGCUGAACAUAUGCUUCAACAAAUAGAAGAAUUCUCAGCCCAGUUCUGGAAAGAGUUUUAGAUAAUUUAAUGUAAAACAUACUUUCAUAGUGCAGUAACUAUUAGUUUUUGGGCCCCCAUUCCGAAAAGCACCCCCUUUCUUAUAAGGGCCCCUCUUUUAUGAGUGCCCCUCUCAAAUUUGUUUCUGACAAUUAGUGCCCCUAUUCUAUUAAGCAUUCCUACUGAGUAAACAACCUCUUAUAAGUGCCCCUAUUCUGUUCUAUAUGGCAUUUUUGGUAUUUUUACCUACAUUUAAAUAAAGUUAUCUGGUUAUCAAAAUUAGAGUUGUUUCACAAAUUAGGUUGUUUUGUCGGUAGAUUUGAGAUGUAAGAACAAAUAGUGGUGCACAAAUAAUGAACUGUUUGUGUGAUGUGGGCCUGAUGUAGGCCCUUGCCUCUUUAAUGUAUUUGUUACAGUCUCCAAAUGUGGUGACCGUUAGAAUAGAUCGUCACGCAAUGCGUGACAAGCCCCCCAAAAUAAAAAAAAUUCUAGUCUUA